AUGGCGCGCUUGAAAAACUCCGCAGUGUCCGUGGGCGUGCCCUCGGAGAACUCGGACUUCACGGACAGCAUGCACGAGGUGGAGGAGGAGUUUUCGUUCGCCGUGUCUCCCAAGCUGAUCGUCAUGUUCGUCAUGCACAUGAGUGUCAUGCUUCUCGUGCUCUACUACUUCUACCGUUACCUCGUGCACUUCAUGGUGAUCAUGUUCGCUAUGGCGUCGGCGGUUGCGCUGAUUUCCUGUCUGGAGCCACUCGUCAACCGAAUCAACUUCGGGACAUCGAGGGUACCGACGCAGGUGGCAGUAUGUUGCCAGACGCGCAUGGAGGUCAGGCACGUGGUGCUGCUGAUGUUUGGAAUGUCUGUGGCCAUCACUUGGUUCCUGCUGCGCCGCAACGUCACCUUCGGCUGGAUCCUUCAGGACUUACUAGGCGUCGCCUUCUGCAUCAAUAUGCUCAAGAGCAUCCACUUGCCAAACCUCAAGCUCCUUUCCUUACUCUUGCUGCUCCUGCUGGUAUACGACGUCUUCUUCGUCUUCAUUACGCCUUUCUUGCGCGCGAACCGUGAAAGCGUGAUGGUCGAAGUGGCCAAGGGUGCUGGAGUGAAGGAGGUGCUGCCAAUGGUGAUCAAGUUCCCCAGGAUCUACCGAAGUGGCUACUCCAAGUGCUUCCAGAUGAAGUUCUCCAUCUUGGGCCUUGGGGACAUUCUGGCGCCAGCGUACGGCAUGGGCAUGGUGGCCACGUUCUUAGCCUUGGAGCUGAUGAGGAACGCUCAGCCGGCGCUGCUCUACCUGGUUCCCUUCACGAUCAUUCCAACAAUCACCACUGCCUGGUCAAAGGGACACCUCUUCGCCAUCUGGAACGGAGUCAAGCACCUCGGCGACCUGGCCCACGGUAUCCAAGUUACCAACGGCAUUCCGCAAGGGCCUUAUAUGCAUGAACAGAAAAAGAGGCGAGAUGAGGUGCUGGGUAUUACACUAGAGUGGAAUAAGUUGCGCGAGAAUGGUCGCAAGGAGGAAGGCGAUAGUGACACGAAGGCCACGACACUGCAGCCCAAUCCGGAUGGACAGGAAGCCACUGGAGGCAAUUCCGCGCCUGACUUGCCUUCGGACAACGCUGAAGGUGCUGACAUUGGCACCAGGGGGCAGCAUAGGACCAGACCGAAGAGCAAGAAUCCGGAAGAUCAAGGAGACGAACCGCGCUCUUCCAAGGACAGCAAUGUACCGGUGCAGGAAGGCAGCUCGGUCGACGGUGGAGACGGUCACGGAGCUGCCAAAGACAUGGACCUCGCGGCGUUCCCGUGCGGUGCAGCGAGUCCGAGUUUCACCGAGGAAGCUGAGCGUUUACGAGCUGGAGCCCAUGCUCCUGGGCACCCUGGCUCAGUGUUCGGGCGCGAGGAGUGCCCGACCGCGGACGUGGUGCCGGCUUCGCGCAAGCGCCUCCCGCUGCACCUGGGCUACAGCCCGUGGGAGGAUCGUUUCGUGCUCAGCCACCACAGGAAGAACGGGCUGCGUCGAGACACCUCGGACGCGCACGCCACCGGCCCAUCUACCGCGUAG